AUGCCAGUCGAUUGCCGUGUUUGCACCAAUCCAAAAGGCGUCUUUCGGUAUUAUGGAGCCUCCGUUUGCGCACCAUGUAAAGUGUUCUUCUUGCGAGCCGUGCAGCAUGGGGACAAAUACGUUUGCCAAAGGGACGGACAUUGCCCAGUGACUCCUGAAAGAUGGACGAAAAUUUGUCGAGCAUGUCGCUUUCAGAAAUGUUUGGCGGUGAAAAUGGAUCCAAAGGCUGUCGGGAUUUCGAGAAGCAAAGAGAAAUUGAAGAGAAUCAACUCCACCGAGCUCACGACGACAACGAAAAUGAUUAAGCGCGAGAUUUUGGAUGAUGAUACUCCUUGCAUAUCUGAGGAUUUCUUCUCGAUUCCCAGUCCACCCGAUCUCUUGGAUAUGGAGUCUCAAGCGCUCACACUCACCACAAAACAAAGACAACCGAAAAUUGAAAUCCUCCUCCCCUCUACAGCGAUCGGUUUCGAUUUCUUAAACUUUCUAAAAGGCGACAACUUCCCGGAAAUCGUCUCGAAAUUGGUGGAACUUGAAAACAAAUGCUAUGCUGACACUCAGCCGUUCUUUGAAGAUUCAACUGUAUUAAAUGAUAAUCUUGAUGUACCGCUACAUGUGGCAAUGAAUGAUCCGCUGAGAUUGGGAAUGAGGACACCGCUUGAUUGGCUAAGCCACGAGCAAUUGUUGCCAUCGAUGGUGGACGCAAUCAAGAGGCAAUAUUGCCGACUCACCGUUUAUUACAUUGAUUGGCUGAGAGCGAUUCCCGAUUUGCAAAUGAUGACACAAAGUGAUCAAAUGAAAAUCAUAAGCACUCAACUCUGCAAGAUCCUUCUCACAACGAUGAUGUAUCAGACGUACAAAAGUAAAUCGCCGGGUAUCGCCUUCUCUUGUGGACGUCAUUAUAUAGCUGGAGAGAAUAAAAAGGCUGGAGUUGGACAUGAAUUCGAUUACUUUCUGGAUCGAUUGGCUCAAUAUGGACACGAGAAAGUGAUAUCUGUCUUUCGUGACACAAAUAUCACAAUUGAUGAGUUUUGUUUGUUGAAAAUGAUCGCUUUCUGGAGUGGAGGCUUUCAAAUCACCGAUGAUGGAAUGGCGAUUGUACGAAGCGCAAGGCAUAGAUAUGAACAGAUCUUAGUCUCUCACAUCAACGAGAAAUACCCGUACCUAACGAAAGAGGGACGAGCGAUGAGAUUGCAGAAGUUGAUCGGUUUACAGCCAUGCUUUGAGACAAUGGGCAUCUUCGAUAACACAUACGUUCAACGAAUGAUCAUGAUGGAUAUCGGAGGAUUUCGAGCACAAAUCACAUAUGAUGUUCAUUUGAGAGAAUAU